AUGGCAGAAGAAGCGACCAUUGACCAGACAUCAAAUCAAGAGCGACAACCUACACCUGCCGAAUUCGCCCUACCAGGUUUGCUGCAGCUGACGGGAUGUGCAGAUUAUUCUUUGAAUAACCCGGAUACACUUACCAAAUACAAGACUGCCGCUCAGAUAUCUCAAAAAGGCUUGGACGCCGUCAUCGGGUGGUGUCAGGAGGGCGAGAAAAUUGUCUCCAUAUGUCAGAAAGGAGAUGAUCUACUCGAAAAGGAGAUAGCCAAAGUUUACAAGGGGAAAAAGAUCGCAAAGGGCAUAUCACACCCGACCACGGUCUCCCCAAGCUCUUAUAUUACCCCAUACACGCCUCUAACAACAGACAGCGAAGAAGCAGCUGUUACCCUCCAGGGCGGCGAAGCCAUCAAGAUCCAACUAGGCGCCCAGAUAGAUGGCUUUGGGACCAUUGUUUGUGAUACAAUUAUUGUAGCGAGUGACAAGGAUAAGGAUGAGAAGUUAGCAGGCCAGGAAGCUGACCUACUAUGGGCCUGUCACUACGCCAAUGAACUGCUUUUGAGGCUAAUGCUUCCCCCGGGCCUCCUAGCGACAGGCACGGAUGAAGAGAAGAAGAAGGCAGCCAUGGAAAAGGCUCCCUCCCAAUCGAGGAUUACCAAGAUGCUAGAAACUGUCGCGAAAAGCUAUGAUUGCAACAUUGUCGAAAGCACCACAUCUUGGCUUUUCGAUCGCAACGAGAUCGAGGGCAAGAAGAAGAUCGUGCUUGCGCCCGAGAAUGAGAAUUCCAAAGGUGAGGGAAUACCAGAAGUUGGUGAGGUAUGGGGCGUCGAAAUGGGUAUUAGUACAGGCACAGGUAAGAACAGAAUCCUCGAAAAGCGCCCGACUCUGCACCGAAGAACCACCAUCACCUACCAGCUUAAAAGGCCUAGCUCCCGAAAGACUUUAUCUGAGAUAGUAAAGAAAUUUGGCACAUUCCCAUUCAGUCUACGGCAACUAGGCGAUGAAAGAGAGGCAAAGGUAGGUGUCGUGGAGUGCGUUCGAUCAAAUGUGCUUCGACAGUAUGAGGUUAUUGCCGACAAGGAUCUAGCACCUGUUGCGAGGGUGUUCUGUACUGUUGCCCCUGACAAGGAAAAGUAUAAGUCAGGGAAGAAAAUUACUGACCCGGAAAUCCUAAAACUUUUGGAUCAACCGAUUUCAAAGCCUACGAGUGGAAAGAGUAAGAACAAGAAGAAGAAGAAGAAGCCAGCCAAGAAAGCCGACGAAAAUGACGAUGAUGAGGAGGACUCGAGCUCCGAUGCCUAA